CUAAAACCAUUCUAAGGAGCUUAAGACCCAAAUAUUACUUCCAUAUUUGAGAUGACAAUUCAGCUGAAACAGGUGCUUCGCAUGAAGGAAGGAACCGAUGAAACCAGUUAUGUCAAAACAUCCUACAUUCAGAAACAGGUGCUAUCAUUAACAAAACCCAUCAAAGAAAAGGCAAUAACAGAGCUGUAUUACAAAGCACGACCAGCAAGCUUAUGCAUAGCAGAUUUAGGGUGCUCCUCAGCCGAGCUUAACACUUUGGGUGUAGUCUCUGAGCUCAUUCAAACCAUUGAAAAAGCGCGACGAGAGGUCGGAAAUAAUGGAUAUCAGCAAGAAUAUCAGGUUUACUUGAAUGAUCUUCCUGGGAAUGAUUUUAACACAAUAUUUAGGUCAUUGCCAAUGUUUGAGGAUAAGCUUAAGAAGCUUAUGGGACAGAAUUUUGGGUAUUGUUUUAUAAAUGGUGUCCCUGGCUCUUUUUAUGGUAGGCUUUUCCCUGCCAACCAUUUGCAUUUUGUGCAUUCUUCUUAUAGCCUCAUGUGGCUGUCUCAGGUACCUGAAGGGAUUGAAGACAAUAAGAGAAACAUUUACAUAGGAAAGACAAGUCCACCAAAUGUGGUUAAAGCAUAUUAUGAGCAGUUCGAAAAGGAUUUUUCGACGUUUUUAAGGUGUCGAUCCGAAGAAGUAGUAGGAGGUGGAAUGAUGGUGCUUACUAUUUUGGGACGACGAAGCAAUGAACCUUACAGUAAGGAAUCUUGUUACGAGUGGGACCUUCUUGCUACUGUUCUCAACGAUAUGGUUUUUGAGGGUUUAAUAGAGGAAGAGAAGCUAAACACAUUCAACAUCCCUCAAUACACACCAUCAGCAGCAGAAGUAAACAGAAUAGUUGAGAAAGAGGGAAGUUUCACUUUGAAUCAUGUGGAUGUUUCUGAAGUGAACUGGAAUUCAAGUGAACAACAUAAAAGGAAUCACUAUGACUUUGCUAGAUGUAUGAGAUCCGUUGCGGAACCAUUACUCAUUAAUCAUUUUGAUGAACACAUUCUUGAAGACUUGUUCAAUCGAUACAAAGAUAUUGUACGAGUCUCCAUGGCCAAGGAGAAUAAUGUGUUCAUUAAUGUUACCGUGUCCUUGACUCGAAACGGUUGAAUCAUGGAUAAUAUUGUUCGGCAAUCACCAACAAGAAUAAAUAAAAAUUUAAUGUUAAAUAAAGCUUGUUUAUUGUGUGAUCAUCUACAGGAAUUCAAGGGUGAUUGUCCAGUCUCGUUUUGAUAUUUUAUGGAUUCUAUGUAAAAUGAAAAUAAAUUAAAUCUUUUUAUAAAAGGUUUAUUAUUUUAGUCUUUAAUGAGUGUUUGGUAAAAUAAUAGAGUUGAAAUUCUAUGUAUUAUAAUUAUCAUUAUCAAUAUAGACGUGUUAUUUACUUCUUAAUAAAUAAAAGAAAUAACCGUAAAUUGUAUAUAUUAUUAAGUGUUUUUCUCAUUGAUCAUAAUU